GCUACAGUAGUAUAUAGCAUGCGGGAGUCGAUACAUGCCCUUCGUUGUGACUUGUUGUGCCUUCAAGACACACAGAGCGAACGGACGCGGUCGAGUGUAGCACUGAACCCGAUCAUAUCGGUAUUUACCUGAUUUCGUGCGCGCGGUGGCAGAAAACGUGGUAACAGACAGACGGACUGACGGACUGACGGACUGACACACUUACGGGACAACUACCGUAACCCUCGCUGCGCAUGCGCGCCGAGGGUUAAU